AUGCCGCCCAAGACACAAGAGCCACAGAUCGUCUCCAUAACCGAUCUUGACCCUGCGCAAGCGAAAUGGGUUACACUCAAGAAAGUCGACUUCAUCGACCAGACGGGUACUCCUCGCAACUGGGAGAUCGCCGUCCGCAAGACAACCUCAAAGUCUGGCGUUGAUGCUGUAGCAAUGAGUAACAUCUUUGUGUACCCGUCCAAGCCACCCAGUACUAUGCUCGUCCUCCAGUACCGUCCGCCGGUCGGCAAGUACACUGUCGAGUGGCCCGCGGGAUUGGUGGACGAGAACGAGACGCCAGAGGAAGCCGCAGUCCGAGAAAUGAAAGAGGAAACCGGGUAUGAUGGGAAGGUCUAUGACGUGUCACCGAUCUUGCCAAGUGAUCCUGGAAUGACCAAUGCCACGAUCAAGCUGGUCAUGGUGGAAGUGAAGCUGAAUACCGACGAGGAUUAUAUGCCAGAACAGAAACUUGAAGACGGCGAAUUGAUUGAGAGAGUGAUGGUGCCUCUCAGCGAACUCUACGAGAGGUUGUUGAAGUGGGCCAACAAGGACAACUUUAUGGUGGCGGCAAAGUUGUUCUAUUUCGCGGCAGGGAUGCACUUUGCGAAACAUGGAGGCUACGUUUGA